AUGACAUCUGUUGCUGAUCGAUUUGGGUUGAGAGAAUCAACUUUAUGGCGAUGUGUUCAACGAGUUACAAAUGCGUUGACCAACAUUGCACAUCACAUAAUUGCUUGGCCUACACGAGCAUGUCGUCGAGAAAUUAGUGCUGCAUUUGAAGCAGUUGCUGGACUUCCAAAUGUUAUUGGUGCAAUUGAUGGAGCAUCUGUGCAAAUAAAAGCACCAUCAGUGGACAGGGAAGUUUAUGUUACACGAAAAUUUUUUACUGCCUACACAGUUCAAGGAAUAAGUGAUUCUAACUUAAAAUUUAUUGAUAUUUACACUGGGUGGCCUGGAUCAGUGAGUGACACUAGGAUAUUCAGGAAUUUACCUAUCUAUCAUGAUGUUAUGGCGAAUAGAGCUGAAUUUUUUGAUGACAAUGAAUACAUUCUUGGUGACAAAGCUUAUCCAGUUCUUGAUUGGUGCAUUCCACCCUUUAUCAACCGAGGAAACUUAACAGAGCAUCAAACUCGUUUCAAUACAGCACAUGCUCGCCAACGUGCCGUCAUUGAAAGAGCUUGGGCUCUUUUAUUUGGACGUUUUCGACGAUUAAAGUUUUUGGAUAUGACUCGAGAAAAUUUGAUUUCAUCCACAAUUUUGGCUUGUUGUGUUCUUUAUAACAUUUGCUUGGAUCAUCAAGAAGUACAGCUAUUUGAAUAUGAAAAUGAAGGACAUCUCUUCAUGAUUGGUAAUGAGAAUGAUCAAGAGAGAGAACGGGUGGAAUUAAAUCUAAAUGCAACACAAAUAAGAGGACUGCAGCGACAAAAUGAACUUUGUCACCUAAUUCAUGCAAGACAUGUGGCCCAACAUCAGAAUUAA